AUGAAGUUAGACGCAACAGAUUUAAGAUAUCUUUCUCAAGAUACUUUUCGGGUUCUUACUGCAGUUGAAAUGGGAUCAAAGAAUCACGAGAUAGUACCAUCGAGUUUGAUAGCCAAUAUUAGUGGAUUACGAAACGGUGGGGUAAACAAAUGUAUUAGUGAACUCUCAAAACGAGGAUUAGUAAAGCGUGAAAGAAAUGCAAAGUAUGAAGGUUAUCGACUUACAUAUGGAGGUUAUGAUUUUCUAGCUAUACGUGCAUUUUCAAAAAGAAAUUCAAUUCAUAGUGUUGGUAAUCAAAUUGGUGUUGGAAAAGAAGCAGACGUUUAUGUAGUUGCAACCGAAGAUGGACUUCAAAGAGUUUUAAAAAUUCAUAGAUUAGGUCGAAUUAGUUUUAGAGCUAUCAAAUCAAAACGAGAUUAUUUACAAAAAAGAAGGAAUGCAAGUUGGAUGUAUAUGAGUCGAUUAGCUGCUCAAAAAGAAUUUGCCUUUAUGAAGGUCCUCUAUGAUAAUGGAUUUCCCGUUCCCGAGCCGAUUGAUCAGGCUCGACAUUGUGUAGUCAUGUCACUCAUUGACGCCUUUCCACUUCGUCAAAUUCACGAGCUAGCAGAUCCCGGUCGACUCUACUCUCAGCUCAUGGAUUUGAUCGUUCGACUAGCUGAAGUCGGUCUCAUUCAUGGAGAUUUCAAUGAAUUCAAUAUUCUCAUCGUUACUUCUGAAGGGGAUGAGAAGGCCGAACCUAUCCUGAUUGAUUUCCCUCAAAUGGUAUCCACUGAACACGAAAAUGCAGAGUUUUAUUUUAAUAGGGAUGUAGAGUGUAUCCGUGCCUUUUUCCUUCGUAGGUUUAGGUAUCAGUCAAAGCUAUACCCACGUUUUAAUUCUGUAGUGCGAGAAGGAAAGCGAGUGAUGGAUCUGGAUGUAGAGGUGGCAGCAAGUGGAUGGGGUAAAGGAGAAAGUCGGAAGCUUGAAGAAUAUAUGGAGCUUGUCAAGGAGGAAGAAACCGAUGUUUCAGAUGAGGAGGAUGAGGAGGAAGAUGAGGACGAUAUUGAAACAAGUGUCUGGCGGAAAAUUGUACGAUCACAUCACAACACCAAACGUACAAGGCCGAGCUUGUUGCAUAUUUGGGUACAGUGA